AAUGAAGGAACAAAGACUAUGUUCAUCUAGGACUAGGAGCUUUCGAAAUGGCACCAGCGUGGAAGGAAGAAUACCUGGAUUUUGUUCUAGUCCCGGGAGGUUUGCUAGUCAUGGUGGGAUAUCAUCUGUUUCAUCUCCACAGAUGCAUCAACCGGGCUGAGACGACGGUUGUCGGAUACGAAAACUACAACAGGAGAGUUUGGAUAGCAAGAGUGUUGGAGAUUUUGCAGGCUGAAGUGAAGGACAGAGAUCAAGCACUUACAGUGAUGGGGAACUACUUAUCUGCAGCAAUGUCUCUGGCCUCGGUUGCCCUUGCUCUCAGCUCGUUGAUAGGGGCGUGGAUCGGGAGCUCGUAUCACGGUGAAUUCAUAGCUGCUAGAGUCUAUGGAAACAUGAGUUCUACCAUUGUUUACAUCAAAUACCUUUCCAUCCUCUCCACCUUCAUGGUCUCCUUUGCUUGUUUCGUCCACGCAUCGACAAGCUUCGUUCAUGCCAGUUUCCUUAUAAGUCUGCCCAACUGUGUGAUGCCUGCAAGCAAUGUUGAGAGUGCAGUCAUAACAGGGAGUAAUUCUUGGGUUGUCGGGCUUCGAUCACUCUACCUAGCAUCGAAUCUGAUGCUGUGGAUUUUUGGCCCGAUCCCAAUGUUCGUUAGCUCCGUGGUCAUGGUAGCGCUUCUGCAGUACUUAGAUAGGAAUACCACCCCACUGCCUCAGUAUGAUCGACCGAUGAGUUACGACUCGUUCAAGAAUAUCGAUGAUCGGGAAGAAUCAGAGGACAGCCUGAAUGGGACAUCGAGUCUCCUACCCACUCCCGUUCGGGCGUGAGUAGUUUCUAAUUUUGUGAAAAUGUACUAUACUAUCUAUGUUUCAUGUUAAUUGAGUCGUAUCACUUUUGGGUGUCCCGAGGUAAUCAAGUCAUUUCUUUUUUGGCAA